CUCCCGCGGCCGCAGCAGCCAGUAUGAGCCAGGGAGCCGCGAGCGCGGGACAUGAGAGGCAAGCUGUGGAACCUGCUGUGUAGCUCCCGGCACGCGGUUUACACAGAGAAUAAUGUAUCCGGCAAAGAUGGACUCCAGUUGCGGAGCUCAAGCAACGGAUCUGCAAGCAACGGUGAAGCGGGCGCGCUGUCCGAACUUUCCGGCACAGGGGGAGACCAGCUGGAGAGGCCGUCGCCAACUACGAAUGACACUGUUCACCUCGAGAGACGGGUGGGACUCUUCAGUGGGGUGGCUUUAAUCGUUGGGACUAUGAUCGGCUCUGGAAUUUUUGUGUCUCCGUCAGGCCUUGUGACUCGUACAGGUUCUGUAGGGAUGAGUUUUGUGAUAUGGGUCUUCUGCGGAUUGCUGUCACUUCUAGGUGCGCUUGCCUACGCUGAGCUGGGUACCAUGAACACCAGCUCUGGGGCAGAGUACGCGUACUUCAUGGAUGCGUUUGGGCCCAUCCCAGCAUUCCUGUUCUCUUGGGUGUCAACGCUCGUGCUGAAACCAUCGCAGAUGGCCAUCAUCUGCCUCAGUUUCGCUCAGUACGUCGUGGAGGCGUUCGUAUAUGAGUGUGAACCACCGCAGAUGGCUGUCAAGCUCACAGCCAUCCUCGCCAUACUUAUCAUCGCAUAUAUCAACUGCUACAGCGUGAAGUUGGCAACAGCUGUGCAGAAUCUGUUCACCGCUGCCAAGCUGGUUGCAAUUUUUGUCAUCGUCUGCGGUGGAAUGUACAAGAUAGGACAUGGGAACACUCAGCACUUGGAGAACGCGUUCGAUGGAACGACGUCGUCCUUUGGGAACUUAGCGACGGCAUUUUAUACUGGCCUGUGGGCGUAUGAUGGCUGGAAUAAUCUCAACUACGCUACAGAAGAAAUCAAAAAUCCAUCAAGGGAUCUGCCGCUCUCGAUCAUCAUCGCCAUCCCGCUGGUGACGUCAUGCUACGUGCUCAUCAACGUGUCGUACCUGGCCGUCAUGUCAGCCGCAGAGAUGAGCGAGACGGGCGCCGUCGCAGUGCUGUUCGGCAACCGCAUUCUGGGCCCGAUGGCGUGGCUCAUGCCGCUCGCUGUUGCCGUGUCAACCUUCGGCUCCGCCAAUGGGACGCUGUUCGCAGCUGGCAGGCUGUGUUUCGCGGCCAGCAGGGAAGGACACUUGUUCAGCAUUUUGUCUUACGUGCACGUGACCAAGUUAACACCGGCUCCCAGCCUCAUAUUCCAUUCACUGAUUGCCAUCGCAAUGGUCGGAGCUGGGAACAUCGACUCGUUGAUAGAUUUCUUCAGCUUCACAGCUUGGAUAUUCUACGGUGGCUCAAUGCUGGCUCUGCUAGUAAUGCGGAGAACCAAACCAAAUGCGCCACGGCCCUACAAGGUGAACAUAAUCAUUCCAUGUCUUGUUUUGGUUAUCUCUGUGUACCUGAUAAUAGCUCCAAUAAUAGACAAACCACAAAUUGAAUACUUAUAUGCAGCUCUCUUCAUAGUGGGCAGUCUUAUUUUUUAUGUGCCCUUUGUGAUCAAGCGACAUUGGUUCAAGAGGCUUGGUUUCAUUAAUGUGUUCCUACAACUACUACUUGAAGUUGCUCCAACCCAAUCCAUGUAUGAAUAGCAGUAUCACUGAUGGAUCUAAGAAGCUUAUCAAAUGCAUGCUACAGUAGCAGAAUCUCAUACUGUUACACAGUAGUCAAAAUUCGGACAAUGUUAGUUCUCCUUUGUAUGAUUCAGAAAAGAUUAAGAUAAUAAAUCAUGAAAAGUCCAAGUAUCCUCUGCUGAGCAUAGAACAGUGUACUGAAAAUCCUGCUAUGUGUCAGAUAUUAUACAGAAAUAUUAUAGGAGGAAAUAACAUUGUGUUGUAUAAGCUAGAACAAGUUUAAGUAUUUACAAUGUUCUUAAUUCAUUGUUGGUGUUCCCCUUGCACUAAAAAUAAAAAGAAUUAAUGAAAGUGGUUCAGUGUUACACUUUUAAUGUAUUUGGCAUUAGUUUAUCACUUUUAACAGCAUUUUAUUAUGAUCAUAAAAAUGACUAAAUUUUUAUUUUAAAAAAUGGACUUAAUUUUUUUGUUGUACUUUUAUUAGUCUUAUUUUUUUGUCUGGUGCAACCUUCAGAGAUGAAACUCAAUUUGUAAAAGUUGACAAAACACAUUCCAAUUAACUCUCUGAGUUUUGUUUAAUUUUUUUAAAUUAAGGACAGAUGUUGCUGUACAAAAAACAAAAUGUUACAGUUGCUCGUAUUUGUGAAUAUUAAAAAAGAAUGGUUGGAAUGUAAAAGAUAAAACUUUCACCUUUCUGAAUUUCAGUGCUGAAAAGAUCUGUAGGCUAUCGCCUGACAGUUAUAUGAUGACAUUUGUUGUGAAUUUAGCCUCAGUUUUACAAUAAUGAGAUGUCCGUGCCAUAUGGAUUGUAGCAUUUGGUCACAAAGUACUAAUAUAAGAAAUAUUUGUUUUAAACAUUAAAAUUUAAAACAAUCUGUAAAAUGAGUGGCAUAAGAAACCAUACCACUUACAUUAUGAAACAACGAAUGUAACUGCCAGAGCAAGACGAAAAGCACAUGAGCAUUAUGCAUAUCCAAAUUGACAAAAUUUGAAAUACUUGAACAUAUUAUUCAAACCUGGAGCACUAAAGGUAUUAUGUUAACUUCUCAGUGAUAUUCCAAUGAGAAAUAUUUUUGUUACAUGUCAGUUACAUUUUGAUAAAUUUUAUAAUUGUAUAAGUAUAUUUUACAGUUGAAUAGUAAAUAUUUUAAGAAUAACUAUAUUGUCCUCCAGGUAAAUGGUCUGUUAAAUAAAUAUUUGUUUCAAGAUGCUGAAAUUAAGCUGAAUAAUGUGCUGUAAAAAAUUAGUUUAUUACAGAUUGAGGAUAAAUUCAAAGAUGAUUUAAAAUAUUUUCAAUAGUUACAAAUUGCCUGAGAAUUAAGUUGUUUAUCAAGUUGGUAUUCAAAAAUUGACAGGUUCCUUGCCUUGUACACAGUUUUCAGGCAAAUACACUUGUGCCAGAUGAUGUAACAUGCAUUUUGUGUACAUUUUCAUUCCCAAGAUGAAUGGUUGUCUGUUGAAAAUGUAAUGAACUUAAAUGAUGACUGAAUAUAAAUUACAUUUAGAAAAAUAA